AUGGCGCCGCGGAUGUUGAACGCGGCCAUUGCCAUGAAGGGCAGCUCGGCAAAGCCGAUCGGCCAAACUCAAGAUUAUGGGUCUAGUACGGCGACUGCAAAUGAGGAGGACAACGGCCAAUCGACCGAGAGUGUUCGGAUACUUGAUCUCGGCGGUUGGGGGUUCGGACCAUCGUCCACCGGUCUGUCCGCUUCAUGGCUAACAGAUGCAGCCGUUUUCGCCUUCCUAAUCCUGCCUUGGGGAAAGGGUGUCCGACGAGACUCAUAUGUACUGAUUUGUGUAUGUAUUGAUUUGCGAGACACCGCAGGCAAACUGGGUAUUGUAAUCAUACUGUACGAAGUGAUGGCUCCCAUCCGCAUAGUCUUCAAAAUGCCAGAGGGAGGCCACGCCGAGACAGUGUGUUUCUGUACGUUCGAGAGCGUCACCGACGUCUUGAGCAAUCUUAUGGCAGCGUGUUCAGAAACAACCGAUAGCAAUGUCGAUUCGGGAAAUUCUGCGGCGGGUGGUGGUUAUGACGAUGGAUGGUACAAGGAGGUCAAGGCUGACGGCCCUCCAUGUUGGUGA